ACAUACAACCAAUGUUUUCUGCCUUUUGAUAACAUGGCAGAAUGUGACACGAAAAACGAUCCAUUGGAGCCAAACGACUUCAGCGAAGAUGGGAAGAAUCGGACUAAAGUGUUUUGUGAAAGAUGCUCAUCUUUAGUUCUUUUACCAAAGAGUGCAAUUUUCUGCAAAUCUGAGUUCUUUAUGCCACACAUGAAGAAGAAGAAGGAAGGAAUAGACUCGAAUGGAGAGAAGUUAUCAGAAUUCUGGAAGGUUGGAGACAUGUUUACAUUUGAAAAUGUUGGUUUCUGUAAUACAGUAGACAAUAUUAAAUAUUUAGUUUGUGCCGAUUGUGAAGUUGGACCAAUAGGAUGGCAUGAUAUCAGUGACAAAACAGCGUACUACAUAGCUCUAGAUAGAGUAGUACACAAAGAUUAGAAACCUGUGUAAUUUGUUAUAUUUUUAACUCUUUUUUAUUUUUAUGUCAUUGUACAUGUGCAAUUUGUUUACCUUUAAAAAAAUAUCAUUCCUAAUAAAACGUUAUAUCUUU